GUGCAUGUUGCUCCGUAGUCGUACAGCUGGCCAGGUAGGUAGCUAAAGGUACCUUGCCGUGCCAUGCCAUGCCAUGCUAUCCGAAUGGCCCAUCAGCGGAGAACCAGACGACAGGCCAUCCAGCAUGGAGAAUUGGGGGGGGAUUGCAUGCGGAUAUGAGGACCUCGACUCGUCAUCCUCGUUUGGUUGUUUUUCCUUUCUUCCCUCUGUUUUCCCAUUCCCUCCAUGAUCCAUCCACAUUCCAUCCUCCUCCCAGCAGUCUGGUAACCUAUUGCCAUUUUCGGUCUGAAUGUCGUUGGUUCCAACAAACUUUCCAACGAGACAAAGCUAAGCGCAACCGCCAUACCCAACUGUUGUUUAACAGACGCCAACCUGUACCGAUCAGAAGAAACGACCCUUGUUCAUCGCAUUCACUGUGUAGCAUAGCGUAAUAGCGCAUAUCCACAUCUUGCAUUCGAGCCGCAUUGUCAAAGGGGAACAACACAGGCAACGCUGCGCACAAAAGCGCAAGAGAAGGGAAAAACGGCCCCUCCCCUGUUGCAACCGAAACGUCAGAAUAGCCUCGGGGCCCCCUCGUCAAAGCGCCUCUAACAGAAGUCGUCUCAACUCCGCCCACCACCUGUCGCACCUGGCCCUGCCGUCUGAUCAGUCUCGCCUCUCGGAUCGGACUGAUACAGCUCCCUCCAACUGCGAAACCCCUCCAACGUCUGAUCUACCGAAUCGUCCAGUCCACCAUCGUCAAACCCCUUGUCCCGUCCUCGACAGUCGACAGUUCGCCCCCCCGCCACCAAAUCGCACUUUUUUUUUUUUCACAAUUCACAUCAUUGCGCGGGACGAACACUAACACUGGCACCCUGUUCAACGGCUAUUGACGAGGUUUCAUGGACACCUGACAUCCGAAAGAUUAGUCCCGACAUCAUCACCCACCCCUCCAUCCAAUCCUGCACCAAACCGCACCAUCGUCAAGCCCCCUCCACCACUUUUCGUCGCCGGAUCCAAGUCUAUCCAUCCGACAGCACCAGGCUCCCCCGUUCAUCCCGGGCAUUUCUUCUUGCCAAAGAACCGAUUCCCGCCCUGUGCAACCCCGGUCAGUCGAACCUCACGCGGUGCCAAGUCCACAGACGCCAUCGCUCGAACUUCGACUGCCGUCCCGACUCGCCUCAUCUCUUUAUGACUUUCCCCCCACCCGCCGAAAGCUUCGUCUUGUCUUCCUCCACCUCUUCUCCUUCACCCUCAUUUCUCUCUUCUUCUUCUUCGUUGAGUCUCGCCUAGGUCGAAGAGUCAAGAGUCAAUUCCCGAGCCCUUGCGACCAACGAGAUUCCUUCCUUUCCUUCGCUGCUGGCUCAGAUCAUUCUUUUACCUUUCCAACUUUGCUUGGCUGGAGUCUUUUAUCUUCGCUUCUUUUGCUCGUCGACUGCACCACUUUAGGUAUUAUAAGAGACGUUUUUAAUACGGGGACUGAGACGUAAAGAGAUUGGAAACAACAGACUUUGGCAUCGACACGAACGUGGUUAUUGGAAUUGCUGGGAUUAUUUGCUUCACCAUCGCCCGACGCCCACACGAGCCGCUACCGAUACACCCAAGGCCCGACCCCAACCGCCAACUCGUCGGUACUGUCGCAGGUCGACACCCUAAUACAGCUACGAAUAGGAGGGCAGCCGAAAUCGAAUCAAAAUGGCGGGCGACCUGACCUUCGGGGUUCUCGUCAAGAAGCAGUUUACUGCUCAGAAGUUGGCUUUCCACUUCCUCUUCUGGACCUUUCACUUUGGCAUUUUCGCCUAUGGAUGGUGGAAGCAGGCAAUGGACGCGAGGCUGGCUGGUCUGAACACUUUGCAGUACUCGGUCUGGAUUUCGAGAGGUGCUGGUUUGGUUCUUAGUGUCGAUGGAAUGCUUAUCCUACUCCCGGUCUGCCGAACGGUUAUGCGAUGGAUCCGACCUAAGCUUCGCUUCCUCCCUCUCGACGAGAACCUCUGGUUGCACAGGCAACUGGCGUACUCCAUGCUUGGAUUCACCAUCUUGCACACCUCUGCUCAUUACAUCAACUUCUUCAACGUUGAGAGAACACAGAUUCGUCCCGUCACGGCUAUCCAGAUUCACUACGCCCAGGCAGGUGGUGUUACCGGCCAUGUCAUGCUGCUGUGCAUGCUUCUGAUGUACACCACUGCGCACGCUCGUAUUCGCCAGCAGUCAUUCGAGACGUUCUGGUACACUCACCACCUCUUCAUUCCCUUUUUCUUGGGACUGUACACCCACACCACUGGAUGCUUCGUGCGCGAUACCGCCUUGCCGUACUCUCCAUUUGCCGGAAAGGAUUACUGGGACCACUGCAUCGGAUACCUCGGCUGGAGAUGGGAGCUCUGGACUGGAGCCUUCUACCUCAUGGAGCGUACCUACCGUGAGGUCCGCGCUCGCCGCCGCACCAAGAUCACUCGUGUUGUUCGCCACCCAUACGACGUUGUUGAGCUGCAGUUCAACAAGCCCUCGUUCAAGUACAAGGCUGGCCAGUGGCUCUUCCUCCAAGUGCCUUCUCUUUCGAACUACCAAUGGCACCCCUUCACCAUUACCUCUUGCCCGUUCGAUCCUUAUGUCUCGGUUCACGUUCGCCAGGUCGGUGACUUCACUCGGGCUCUUGGUGACGCUGUUGGUGCUGGUUCCGCCCAGGCAAAGCUUUACGAUGGUGUUGAUCCCAUGGGAAUGUACGAGGUUGCUCUUCAGAACGGCCAGCAGAUGCCUGAUCUCCGCAUUGAUGGCCCGUACGGUGCUCCCGCCGAAGACGUUUUCGAGAACGAAAUCGCUGUGCUCAUCGGUACUGGUAUUGGCGUUACUCCCUGGGCCUCCAUUCUCAAGAACAUCUGGCAUUUGCGCAACAGCCCGAACCCGCCAACCCGUCUUCGCCGUGUUGAGUUCAUCUGGGUCUGUAAGGAUACUGGCUCUUUCGAGUGGUUCCAGACCCUACUGUCGUCACUUGAAGAGCAGUCCAACGAGGCAGCUCGCGUUCCUGGCAGCUCUGGUGUUGAGUUCCUGAAGAUUCACACCUAUCUUACUCAGAAGCUGGACAUGGAUACCACCCAGAACAUUGUGCUCAACUCGGUUGGAUCAGACCACGACCCUCUGACUGAGCUCAAGUCCCGUACGAACUUCGGUCGACCCAACUUCUCCAAGCUUUUCACAACCAUGCGUGAUGGUAUUCUGGACAGAACAUACCUCAACGGCUUGGAAGGUAGCAUGCGCACGACUGUCGGUGUCUACUUUUGCGGUCCCUCAGUAGCUGCUCGCGAUAUCAAGCAGGCUUGCAAGGAUGCCGACGUCCGCGAAGUCAACUUCCGAUUCUGGAAGGAGCACUUCUAAGCGUGGGGAUGGCUGAGAUAAUGAAAAGUAAAAGUCAAAAAACGAGGAGCCUUGGCGAAAGCCUAGAGUUCUGUACGUGGAGGAGAGUCUCAUACCAGGAGACGACGACAUCUACAGCUACCAGAAGCUUCUCAGCAGUGGGACCGCGGGAAGCAGUGCUCCGAGAGGAGAGCUGGCUGAAUAACGGCAAGCGGAAAGGCGUUGUCUGGAAUGCAUUAAGAAACCCCUUCAGCGAUGUGCAUCAUCUCAUUACUUUUUGCCGCCAUCCGCGCCCUCACCUUAUUAUUUCUUAUGAUGGGCGGGGUUGGCAGGCGGUCAAUGUUCUCUCAUAUAUAUACAAAGUCCAUAUAUCACAUUUUUUCAGCUAUGGCAACUUGUUCUAUUUUCCAGGUUUCAAACUGUUUUAUCAUGAUCUAUAAGGGAAAAGGUGUUCAUGUGGCCUAGGGAUGGUAGAUAGGAUAAGUGAUAACGAUUUCAUUCGAUCUUGCACAGCCACUACCACUGACUGGUGCGAACCGCUGUCAUGAGAUGACGUGAACGCCGUUGGCAAGAAAAAGGUGCGAUUACUGAUGGUGUCAACGUGGCAGGGGUCAUGCUCGCAAGGGAACGAGGAUAUGGAGAGCAUUAAGUAGCAGGGAAGAGCUGGGACGGAGGGAUUUCAUUCCUGCGAAGCUUCCCACCGGAGUGCGUCCGGUCCACGACUCGCCUCAGCGUUCACGGUGCCGGCUAAGCCGUACGCCGUUCGCCGUCUUUCUGGCGUUGAGUGGGUAGGAGAGAGUCUGGACUCGACGGCUUUCAGCUUGGCUAAGGGCGCUCGUUGAAUCGUGUGUUGAUGCAUGAGCCUGAUGGUGGUCUAUGUGAUCAAGUGAGAACUUGGGUUGCCCUCUCUGAUGAUCGAGUGGAGAUGGGUAAAGGGUAGGGGACUCGAUCUAGGGGGAGAGAAGCUUGGGAGGGACGGAGGGACGGCAGCUUACCUUUUCCUGUGAUGUGGUAGGUGUGGUACGUGCAGGGCUUGGUGUGGACGGUUGUGGUUGCAUUUCAAACCGUUGAUGUUUUGAGUUUUUUUUUUUCUCCCUUUGGACUGCUGGUGAGUGGUUGCGUGGCUUUGUUGUGGGACUGGACGACUGGCUACCUGAUGGAAAGUCCGACUUGUUAUCGGUGAUAGUGUGUACUUUGCUGUGUAAGUACCUUCGUAUGAUGGUGGUGUGAUAUCGCAAGAGGUUCGAAUGAUUGGGCUGCUGUCCUAAUCUUGGGAUGGAUAUGAGUGAAAUUCGAUUGUACUUGGGCUGCUUUCGUCGCCUUUGGUCAUAUUUCAUGUCCCCCUUGAGGUCACUUGUGUUGUAGUGACCUCCUGGUAUAGCGGGAAUAGGGGGCUCAUGAGAAGGUUUGGGAAAUCUGGGGACAGCGGCUAUGACGGGUUGAGAUAGGAUGUGACGGCACACUUUGGGUUGACGUUGACGUGUGUUCUUGACUGGCGCCUAGUCAUGGGCUGAUGGGGCCACCACCGAGAGGAAGUGGACUAAUCGAAUGAGUUGCGUGGAGGUUUGGGUGCAGAGACCUAGCUGUGAGUUGAGGCGGGCGAGGUUGGCAGCGGAAGAUGAGAUGGAUAGGAUUAGAACUAUUGCUGCCGCGAGUCGUUCGGGAGGAUACGGUGGGGCGAGCGGACGGACGGACGGAAGGACCGGGUGGCAGUGAUGGUUAUACGGAUGGUGUCCGGGUUUAGGUGGAGUUCGGACGGGUUCCGCGUUCUACGCCAGCUGUGUCUUUUGCCCGUUCCUCUCAAAGUCCGUAUGUCCCAAGAUCUUUUUUGGAUCUUAUUUCCUUUUCGGCAGGUCUAUUGCGUAUGGUCAGCAGUUGCCUCUUUGGGGAGAACGGCUCGUGGUGACGACAUUCCGAAGUUCGCUUUUUUGAGAGUACGGGCAGUUUCUGUCAUCCCAUCGGCACAAAGUAGCUGGGGCUCGUGCUGGUGCUCGUGCUUUCGAGGAGACUCAUUCCCUUUUCUUGGGAUGGAUGUAUUUAGAUCAUGUAGCCGUGCGGGAAAUCGUAAAAUUUUCAGUGCAGUUAAUGGGGCGGGAAAGGUUCGUCCCAACGUCGUGGGAAUUUCUUCGAAACAGGCUUAUGUGGUUGCGUUGGUUGGAUAUUUUUAGCCAUUUUUACUGUUCUUCUCGGGUGGUCUGGUCUGCGUCGGUGAGAGG